AAAGAGGAAGUAAACAGGGUUAAAAAGUUAAAGAGCUCUUUGUUUCCUCAGAACAUCUGAUCAAACGCAGAGGAGCAGAAUCCAAACCACCUGCACAGGUUUAGAACGAUAUGUACACUGUACAUCAUGAUGGCUGCAUUACUCAGCAUAUUGUAUGCAGUCUCAGGGGUGCUGUCAGCAGCUUUGGUUACUUUACCUGACAUUAAGCCAGGAGGCUCCAUCACCCUCCCCUGUAAACUCCUUGAAGACCUACCUGUGGAGCAGCUGGAUGUGCGCUGGCUGCUGGGUGAACAUCUGGUCAUCAAACUGAACCGAACCCAGAUCAUCUACAGCAUCAGCUACAGGAACAGGACCGAACUACCAGCAAGGGGUGCCAGCGUGGCGAUUUCUCCCUGACCAUCACACACACACAGCAUGGGAGACAGCGGAGUGUAUCGAUGUGUGAUCUUCAGAGAGGAGCAGGAGCUCAAACUCGCAGAGAUACAGCUUUCAGUGGAAGUCCCCCAUUCUCCCAGUGCUGUGUUUGUUAAAGUAGGGGAUGAAGUGGUUCUUCCAUGUUUUGGUCGUGUGGACUGGGUGGAUUCAGAAGCUGAGUUUGUGCAGUGGAAGAGGGGCUGGACAGUUCUAGAGUGGGUACAGGGUUCUCUGUAUGUGGAUCCUCAGUUUACAGACAGAGUAUCACUGCCCAAAGACAGAAUCCUUCAGGAUAACAUCUCCCUUGUGCUGAAGAACGCUCGCCAUGAAGACCAGGGACUUUACAUGUGCUUCUUCAGGAAGGACAAAGACAUCAGACUUGCUGCCCAGAUUAAUCUCACUGUCACAGAUCACAUGACCUGGGAGGAGGUGGGGUUUGGAUCCUCGGUGCUCCUCCCCCUCUACACUGUAUCUCCAGUGAUUGUGAGCUUCCUGCCUGAUGGAGGGAACGGUUCUGUACGAGUGUGUGAGGUGGAGAAAGAGCAAAUGAAAUGUGAAACAGCUCUACACACCCAUUGCAUGGCUCUCAAGAACCACUCCCUGGAGCUGAGGAACCUGUCCAUGAAGGAUUCUGGAACGAUCUCAGUUAUCAUGAGGGAAACACAGCGCACUGUCAGUGUUCACUUCAUACACGUCUUGCCUGCAGGUAACGCUGUGCUACAUGCAGACUCACUAACGGUGCUGAUAAUAAUGGUACCCAUUUUACUGCUGGUGCUGGGUUUCAUGCUCACCAGGCUUAUGAUUGUGCUGAAGCGGCGGAGGAGGGGAUGUCUAACUGUGGAACGGGAAACUGAAGGUCAUUGUCUCAACCACAUCGUCACCAGCAGUAAAUCAUCCAGCAUUAAUAAUGUGCAGCUUGCCAACGGCAUCAUUUAAACAACAACUGUUUACUCCGAGUGAAAAUUACUCUCAUUUACAUUUGUUAUUCAUAUUUACCAUUCAUUUCUAAAGCCUUUAUAAAUGGUUCAUAUUUAGACCUAAAGCUGAUGCUAGCUGUACAUACAAACUACUCUGAUACUGUUGAACAAGUAGACAUUACUGAUAUUUGGUAAUUUGGUAUACUGUACUAUUAAAUGGAAACGUUAUCGUGGAGCCUUUAAAAUACCCUCACCGCAUUUUAGUCAAACAAGUUGCAGUUUCACUAGAAGGAUUAUUAGAGACACAGAUCAGCUCUGCUUUUAGAAGCUCCCACUACACACUGCCACGCUCUAAAGACCAAAACCUCAGUAAACACACCCAAAGAAACACAGCUUUGUUUAACCACCAGCUCAGCAGACUGCUAACAAGCAAAUCCAGUAAUAUUAAGCUUCUGAAGUCCGUUGCUGGAGCUGGGUAGAAUUAAACAGUUAGCUUGGUGUUAAUUUAAUAUGGGAAAAGCCACAAAUGAGCACUAUUGCAGCAGUGAUCAAACAAACACUACAUAUAAAGUAGAGGUUUCCACAUGACGAACAUCCAUGACAUGCAUGGAUGACACAUUUCUGAUUAAAUGAUUAAAUAAGAUAAGAGAUGACUCUUAUAAGAUAAGAGAUGACUGGUAGAUCCCCUGCUUGGUCGCAGUGCUCCAUGGCAGCUCCUGUCCUAAGCUAUGAUAAUUAUGCACACGGUGAGCAUUAAUAUGUGAAGUUUUAGGUUUAGUGAUCAUUUUAUUGUACAUAUAUGUCCACUUGCAUAGUACUACUAUUUAUAGACAAUAAUAAUACAGUUUGUUUAGCUCUAAUUAUGUAUUUUUUAAAAGCAAUAUCAUGAUAAUAUCAUAAACCUUCAUAAAAGAUUAGGUAUUUAUUGUGAUAUAAGCAUUUUUAUCGGCACAUGUCUUCUACCAGACUUUUGCGGCAUUUAUGGGUUCAGGCCACAUCGUCAGUGCAGAACGAUUGAUUGGAACAGUUCCCAAAAGCAUUUUAGCAUUUCAGGAACUUCCACACUCAGCUGUGUAGUUCAGGGUCAUGGUUGAUUUGAUCAAAUAAGCAGGCAGCUACUUCACCACUGAAUGAGAGAUCCCUGUUUCUGAGUGAGUUUUAAGGCUGUGAAUGAGUUUGCUGAUAGACCUGCACACCUAUCAGAAGUACAUACUGACCCUCUCAAACAACCCUGCUGUACUAAAGGUUCUCAGGUGAACAUGAAUUAUGCAAUGUGAGAUGAUCAGAUCAUCACUAAAGCAGUGACCAGAGAAAAGUGUCCUACCUGCUCAGUGUGAACACAAUAACAGUGAAAAUCUGUCAUCAGGGCAGUUAUUGAUCAGCUGUGAGAGUCUGAUCACUCUGCGCUCAGUAAUCAUUACAGCUCACUGUGAUAAACUCCUUUACUGAGCGAACUGCUGAGCACACUGGUCAAAACCUUAAAGCUGUUAAUUUUGCUUAAUUGCUGCAAAAAGUGGCUCGUCAAAAAUACUUCAUGUGGUAACAAGCAGUUAAACUAGUUUUAUUCAGCUCAUAAAUUACAUUGAAAGAAUUGUUCAUUCAGAGUGUUUAUUUAGGUUGAAUAAAACGACUUAAUUUACUUCUUACCAUAUUAAGUCAUUUUUUUAGGUUGAUCUGACAAGCUAUUUUUUACGGUGAUGGGGCAGCAAACACUGCUUUAAUAAACUAGCAAAACACAGCUAACAUCAACAUUGAUAUAGUACAGUGCUUUUGUGUUGUUGUCAUGCUCUGAGUGGAUCAUAUAAAGAUUUGAACCAGUACAUUAAUGUUGAGUUUAUGCUAUUGGUUUAUGCUGGUCUAGUGCCGGUUACCCAGCAUGGUCAUACUGGUUGACCAGCAUACCAGCAUCCAUAACACAAUAUAUGCUGGUUUUACUGUGUGCUGUAUCUUCAGCUGCUACAGAGCACAAAGCAAUGGAAGCCUAAAUGACCCUGCUGAAAAAGGACCAUUAGAAACCUCUAGGAUUGAAACCUAGUGGUUUUUGUAUCUAAUGGCAAUUGGCUUAAUGGUUUCCUAUAGAGACCACUACAGGUGUUUCCUGUAGAAAGUCUUUAGAUCCCAUUAGAAAACCAUCAAAAGCAUUUAGAAUCAGCCUUUGGUCACCUGUUAAACCAUUAGGAUUUUUUACACUAUGAAAAUGGGGAGUGACUUCUAUAUAUUAAUGUUAAUGCACUGAAAACAGUGAUGCAUUUCAUUUACUUGUUUCAAAUGUGUGUUUAUUCUCAUAAGCUGAUAAAUGAAAUGCAUCAGCUCAGUUUUGUCUUUCGGUUACUUAAUUAUGUUGAGUAAGUUUAAUACCAGCGCCAAAGAGUAAAACAAAAGGAAACCACUGUUAAGUAUAUAUUAUACAAUGAGAGAGAACAAUCAGCAGCCCCACUCUGGCGUGUGAAAGCAUUACUGUGCUGUAUUUGUUCUGUAUGAAAUGCCUUUCCUUCUGCGGAACCCCAAAAAGACAGCUGUUAGAAAUCUGUAAAUGCUGUAAAUAUUUCAGUGUGUUAGUGUUAGACCUGUAUAUGACACAUUUCUGUUGCAUAGUUACUUUUGUUUUCUUUACUGUGUAAAGAAAAAAAAAUGCAUCAUCAAACAUAAAACAGCCUGGCUGACCUGAACUGGCCUGGGUUGCUUUAAUGUCUAUUACUGCCCUCUCUUCAGUGUUUAUGUGUAUUUACUUUGGCUUUAUGCAACCUUUUUCAGAUGCUGCUGUUUACAAUACAUACAUUGUGUUAGAAUUUCUGAUAAACGGACCAACAGAAAUGAUCCAAAAUUACUUGGAAAUGAAUUUUAUCUUCCAAUACAAGUUAAGAAUGUUUUUCUUUCUUCUGUGAAGUUACUGUUUUGGAGAAACGAGGUUUACAUAAUCGUUUAUACAUAAACGAUUAUGUAUAGAUGUGUUUGUAUUCAUGACAUAAUAAAUAUUUAUAUCAUUUUUA